UCUUCCAAUGAUGGCGCCGAAAUGGUGGCCAUUCAUAUGAACUCACAGUGCCAAAUAUAUUCCUUGCAUUUUCCUCUUCCAAACUCAAACCAAAACCCUAAUCCCAAUCCUCUUCUCUCCAUGCUCAUGGACACUCCAAGCUCCCACUCUCUCUUCACGCACGUCGCAUCCAGAGAGCUCUUCCGGGUUCGUAAACGACCUCGUAUGGACGGAUUCGUCUCUGGCUUCACCGAAACUGGAGUCGUCGCGCUGCAACACCACGCUGAAGACAGCAUUCCUCUCUCCAUUUCCUUCUGCAAGACGUCCAAAUUUGCGCAUAUCCUCGCUGUGUCUGAUGAGGACGGGUAUGUGAGCUUGUUUAAUAGUCGACGUAAAUUCUCCGAAACUGCAAGUUUUGAAGAAAACGCAGAGGAGGCGAAGAUUUGUGAUUGGGUUUCGCAUCAGAAUGCUGUGUUUGAUCUCUGUUGGAUUAAGGGAGAUACACAGAUUCUCACUGCUUCUGGUGAUCAAACGAUAAAGUUAUGGGAUGUUCAAGAACGGAAGUGCCUUGGAGUUUUAACUGGGCACACAGGAAGCGUGAAAUCUAUGUGUUCUCAUCCAACUAAUAGUGAUAUUAUUAUCUCUGGUUCAAGAGAUGGAUCCUUCCGCAUUUGGGACUUGAGAUGCAAGUCCACUGCUAGGAGUAGACGUGGAGAAGUUAACAUAUGUUCAAUGGGUGGUGUCAAAGGAGCACAUAUUUCAUCUCGGGCAAAACGAACUAGGAGGACAAAGACUGCUUCCAUGAGUAUUACAUCUGUUCUUUGUCUCAAGGACCAGGUUUCCAUAGCUACUGCAGGGGCGGUGGAUAGCGUGGUGAAGUUUUGGGAUACCAGAAAUUUGAAAAGUAUUGUCACUCAGACAUGUCCUUGUCCUCAGUCAACUGAAAAGCAAAGCUUACAUGGAAUAUCUAGUUUGUCCCAAGAUGACAGUGGACUUCUUCUUUCAGCCUCCUGCAUGGAUAACCGAGUUUAUUUGUAUGACACUCUUCAACUUGAAAAAGGACCUUUACAAUCUUUUUCUGGGGGUCGAAUUGAAUCAUUUUUUGUCAAGGCUGCAAUUAGUCCUGAUGCAUCUAACCUUGUCUGUGGUUCUAGUGAUGGAAAUGCCUAUGUUUGGAAGGUUGACAAGCCUCAGGAUGAUCCUACUAUUUUGAAAAGUCAUGAUGGUGAAGUUACAGCAGUUAACUGGUGUAGCUCUGAAAUUGGAAAAUUAGCAACUUGUUCUGAUGAUUCUACAGUUCGGACAUGGAAGAAAAACAAUUAUGUCUCUAGAACACAGUGUGCAUCUGCCAUCCGAAGAAGAGUAAUGGCAAUGCCUAGUAUAGAAUGCAAAAUGCUUUUAAAUAAUAAUGGAAAAAAAUACCCAAAGACAGCAGAAGAUGCUUUUAUAUCUGAUGAUGCACACCACCCAAUUACGUCACCCACUCCAAUCACACCACCUAAAAGGAAUAUAUCUGGAGGCGAUACGAACCAAGUUUCCUCAGGAUUUGAUCUAAUUGAAUCGUCUGAAAAAACUCCAGAAUCUGCUUUGAAGAGCCCCUCAUCCGUAUUGAACCCUCCAUCCUCCCUUAAGAGAACCAUCCGAGACUACUUUUUAGCAUCUUCAAGAACCUUGUAGGCUUGUUAAAGCAGUGAAGUUCUGUUGUGAAGUAAGGAUUCUUUUGCACAUAGCGCUCUUGUUUUAGAGGUAGCAUGGGUGGCUUGGAAUUUUUGCAGCUCUGUUCUUUGGGUUAUUUGAAAUGUAAAGCACAUAUAAAGGAAUUGUUAUAGCAACAAUAUUUGUUUUUUUUACCCAAAUUCAGAUCAAGGGUGAAAACAUGAAAAUCUGUACAAAUGUUUGCUUCUGCUGAUUAGCUAGAGACAACCGGAGUGUGAGCUAUAUUUACUUGAUGUUGAUAUGAAUUCUGAUUGUCAAGUUGUGGCCGUUGUGCAAUACAAUUAAAAAGUGAUGUUGAAUCA